CUCCCGCAGCGGCGGCGGCGGCGGCGGAGCGGGGCCAUGGCCGCGGCGGGCAGCGGCGUGGCGGCAGCGGCGGCGGCGGAGGCGGGGGCGGCGUUCAGCACCGCGAACAGCGGCCGGGUGAACGGGCUGAGCCGCCCGCCCGGCGCCAUCGCCAUGAAGGAUCACGACGCCAUCAAGCUCUUCGUGGGGCAGAUCCCGCGUAACCUGGAGGAGAGCGACCUCAAGCCGCUCUUCGAGGAGUUCGGCCGCAUCUACGAGCUCACCGUCCUCAAGGAUCGCUUCACCGGCAUGCACAAAGGCUGUGCCUUCCUCACCUACUGCGCCCGCGACUCGGCCCUGAAGGCGCAGAGCGCCCUGCACGAGCAGAAGACGCUGCCGGGGAUGAACCGCCCCAUCCAGGUGAAGCCGGCCGACAGCGAGGGCCGAGGAGAAGACAGGAAGCUCUUCGUGGGCAUGCUGGGGAAGCAGCAGAGCGAGGACGACGUCCGGCGCCUCUUUGAGCCCUUCGGUCAGAUCGAGGAGUGCACCAUCCUCCGAGGGCCCGACGGAGCCAGCAAAGGUUGUGCCUUUGUGAAAUACGGCAGCCACGCCGAGGCGCAGGCUGCCAUCAACAGCCUGCACGGCAGCCAAACCAUGCCGGGCGCCUCGUCCAGCCUGGUGGUGAAGUUUGCGGACACGGAUAAGGAGAGGACCCUGCGGCGGAUGCAUCAGAUGGCGGGGCAGCUGGGCAUCUUCAACCCCAUGACCAUCCAGUUCGGCGCCUACGGGGCCUAUACGCAAGCGAUCAUGCAGCAGCAGGCGGCCCUGAUGGCGGCCGCGCAGGGGACCUGCCUGAACCCCAUGGCCGCCAUCGCCGCCGCCCAGAUGCAGCAAAUGGCCGCCUUCAACGUCAGCGGGCUGGUGGCCGCCCCCCUAACCCCCUCUUCAGGUACGAGCACCCCUCCCGGCAUCAGCACGGCGCCCGUGCCCAGCAUCGCCACGCCGAUCGGGGUGAACGGCUUCAGCCCGCUGCCGCCGCAGACCAACGGACAACCUGCCUCGGAGACCAUCUACACCAACGGCAUCCACCCCUACCCAGCUCAAAGCCCCACGGUGGCAGAUCCCCUCCAGCAAGCCUACGCAGGCAUGCAGCACUAUGCAGCAGCAUAUCCCACCGCCUACGCGCCCAUCAGCCAAGCCUUUCCCCAGCAAGCGCCCAUCAUCCCGCAGCAGCAGCGAGAAGGUCCCGAAGGCUGUAACCUGUUUAUUUAUCACCUGCCCCAGGAGUUCGGGGACGCGGAGCUCACGCAGAUGUUCUUGCCUUUCGGCAAUGUCAUCUCUGCCAAAGUCUUUGUGGACCGUGCCACCAACCAGAGUAAAUGCUUUGGUUUCGUCAGUUUUGACAAUCCGACGAGCGCUCAGGCAGCCAUUCAGGCCAUGAACGGCUUCCAGAUCGGCAUGAAGAGGCUAAAAGUCCAGCUAAAGCGGCCGAAAGAUGCCAACAGACCCUACUGACCCCUGCUCACCUGGCCCUGCGGAGAGGUCGGGCGUCCCGCGGUGUCUGACGACUUUCCCCUUCCCCAAGUGCAGUAUCCAAACCCGUAACUCUCUUUCUUUGCAACGCAUCCCGGAGGAAGAAGAGGAGGAAGAAGAAGAGGAAGCGAUGGAGAAAAUGGCGAAGAAGAGAACCAUUCUGGUCGUAGCUUUUCUUUUUCGAUUAUUUUUUUUUUUUUUUUCCCAAGCCGGUCUUGUUUGUUACUUAACGGGAACGAGAGAGUGAGGAAGAAAAGGAAGGAGGAGAGCGACGCGGCCCCGGGGCUGAGAUUCGCUGCCGGCCGUUCGCCGGGACUCACCGAAUCCCUCGCCGUGAGAAAGGACGAUGGCCCGGGGCAGCCGGGAUACGAUCUACCUUUGUGUUUGUGGGGGUUUUUUGGGGGUUUUUUUGGUUUGUUUUUUUUUUUUUAAAAGCACUCAUUUGCUGCUACCGAUUUCCCAGGAGAAACGAGGAAAAGAGGCUCCAAACGGAUUCUUAAACCAAAGCCGGUGGGAUGGGACCAGCCUCGGGCGCUUUCACCUGGAGGAUGCUUGUUUGGAAAAGAAAAAAAAGAAAAAAAAAAAAAAAAAAGAAAAACGGCAAGAUUUUCUUUUUCCCCAUGUUGGGAAAGGGAAAAAAAAAAGAAUGGAUCAAAGGAUGUUGGACUUAUAGAAGAUAUAUAUAAAUAAGUAUAUAUAUAUAUAUAUCCCAUGGAGCGGGGCGGCGGGACACGCGCUUCCCCCUGCUCGUCACUGGCACAGGGACAUAGGAUUACUUGUUUCAGAGUCAUAUCAUUCCUUAGAGUUUAGGGACCAAAGGACUAUUGCUUUUUUUAAAUAUAUCUAUAAAUAAAUUAAUUUAAAAAAAAAAAAAAAACCAACACAACAAAACACACACACAGAAAAAAAAAAACAACAAAACAAACCGGGAAAGAAGAAGAAGAAGAAGGAAAAAAAAAAAAAAGAGCAAACAGAAAUUGAAAAAGGUUGAGAAAAAAAAAAACAAACCUCGGGCGUUCAGAGCUGCGAGCGUUAACUAGAGGGCUCGGUUUUGGGGGGCCGAUUCGCGGGGCUUAAGGGCUCGGUUUCAGGGGGGCCGAUUCGUGGCUGGGGAUGGGGGGG